UUAAGGCAUUGCAAUUGUAUGACCUCAUUGCUGAUCAACCAGGUUUCUAAAUAUCAUAUAUAUCUGGUCUCUCUCCAUGAUUCAUGAAGCGGCUACAACAUAUCUUUCCUUCUCAUCUCAAGAAUCAAUGCUAUGGCUACCAUGAGAAAAUUAAAAUCCUCAUCCUCUUCUUCCAUCACUUAUGGAUGGGCUUAUGAUGUUUUUCUCAGUUUUCGAGGGGAGGAUACUCGCAUGGGUUUUACCGGAAACCUUUAUAAUGCUCUUGUUGGAAAAGGAAUCAACACUUUCAUAGAUGAUGAAGAACUUAGAAAAGGAGAAGAAAUCACACCAGCUCUCAUGAUGGCAAUCCAACAAUCAAGGAUUGCAGUUGUGAUUUUUUCAGAAAACUAUGCAUCAUCCACUUUCUGCUUGGAAGAACUUAGAAAGAUCAUGGAGUGCAUAAAACACAAAGGCAGGUUGGUUUGGCCAGUUUUUUAUAAAGUUGACCCUUCUGAUGUGCGCCAUCUGAAAGGGAGUUAUGCAGAAGCACUUGCCAAAUGUAAAAGAAAAACCUUUGACACAGAGAAGGUCAAACAGUGGAAGUUAGCUUUGCAAGAAGCAGCAAAUUUGGUAGGUUCGCAUUUCAAACACGGGUACGAGUAUAAGUUCAUUGGCAAGAUCAUUCAAGAGGUCUCUAAAAAGAUUAAUCGUAGACCUUUACAUGUGGCUAAAUACCCUGUUGGGUUAGAGUCUCGAGUACAAAAAUUGAACUCACUUCUAGAAGUUGAAUCAGAUGAGGGGGCUCAAAUGGUAGGGAUUUACGGAAUGGGUGGAUUAGGUAAAACAACACUUGCAUGUGCUAUAUACAAUUGCAUUGCUGACCAAUUUGAUAGUCUCUGUUUUCUUGGUGAUAUUAGAGAAAAUUCUAUGAAGCGUGGUUUGGUACAACUACAGGAGAUGCUUCUUUUUGAAUUAGCUGGAGAGAAAGAUCUUAAGUUGUGCAGUUUAAAUAAAGGAAUUCCUAUAAUCAAAAGUAGGCUUCGUGGGAAAAAAAUUCUAUUGAUUUUGGAUGAUGUUAACAGUCUGGAGCAACUAAAAGCACUUGCUGGUGGACUUGAUUGGUUUGGUUCUGGCAGCAGAGUUAUUAUAACAACAAGGGAUAAGCAUUUGUUGCAUGUUUAUGGUGUUAAAAGAGUCUAUGAAGUAGAAGGAUUCAAUUGUGAAGAAGCCCUUGAAUUGUUUGUUUGGAAUGCUUUUAAAUCAAAAGAAGUUGAUCCUAGUCAUUUGGACAUUUCAAAGAAAGUAGUACUUUAUUUUAAUGGUCUUCCAUUGGCUGUUGAAAUAAUAGGUUCUGACUUAUAUGGUAGAACAAUAUUAGAAUGGAAAUCUGCUAUAGAUACUUAUGAGAGAAUUCCUCAUGAUAAUAUUCAGGAAAUCCUACGAGUAAGUUAUGAUGGCUUAAAAGAAUUUGAGAAGGAAAUCUUUUUAGACAUCGCUUGCUUCUUCAAAGGAUACAAACUAACUGAUGUCAUGAACAUACUUUGUAGUGGUCGUGGCUUCGCCCCAGACUAUGCUAUCCAGGUGUUGAUUGAUAAGAGUCUAAUAAAAAUUGAUGAAUAUAGUGUGAGGAUGCAUGACAUGAUUGAAGAUAUGGGUAGAGAAAUUGUGAGACUGGAAUCACCCUCAAAGCCAGGUGAACGCAGUAGAUUAUGGUUCUCCAAAGAUAUACUUCAUGUUUUCAAAGAGAACAAGGGGUCUGAUAAAACUGAGGUCAUUGUGCUAAACCUACUCAAAGAUAAAGAAGUCCAGUGGGAUGGAAAUGCAUUUAUGAAUAUGGAAAACCUCAAAAUACUGGUAAUAGAAAAAGCUCGCUUUUCCAGAGGACCUAAUCAUCUCCCAAAAAGUUUAAGAGUUCUGAAAUGGUGUGAUUAUCCUGAAUCGUCGUUGCCGGCUCAUUAUAAUCCAAAGAAACUUGUCAUGCUUGACUUGUCUAUGGGCCUUUUUACAUUCAGCAACCAAAUGAUCAUGAAAUUUAAAUCUUUUAAGGAAAUGAAGUUAAGCAAGUGUCAAUCUUUAAAGCAAGUACCUGACAUGUCUGGUGCUCCGAAUUUGAAGAAACUGCAUCUUGAUUCCUGCAAGAAUUUGGUUGAAGUUCAUGAUUCCGUUGGGUUCCUUGGAAAACUUGAAGAUUUGAAUCUUAAUCGUUGCACUGGUCUCAAGAUUCUUCCCCGUGGUAUCAACUUACCUUCACUUAAAACCAUGUCCCUUAGGAAUUGUACAUCUCUUGAGAAUUUUCCAGAAAUUCUAGGGAAGAUGAAAAACAUAACAUACCUUGUUUUGAGUGAUAGUGGGAUAUGUGAUUUGCCCUUCUCCAUUGGACUUCUUGUGGGGCUUGAAAAGCUGACUAUAGACAGAUGCAAUAAGCUACUUGAAUUACCAAGUAGUAUUUUUAUGUUGCCAAAACUUGAUACUUUGGAGGCUUACUGUUGCAAGGGGCUUGCACAAAUUACGAAGGGAAAAGGUCAAGUGCUGCCAGAAACACUGUCUUCAGAUGUGAUAAAUGCUAGUUCUCGUUUGGUUCCUAGAUAUGUUGACUUGAGCUUUUGCUAUUUGCCAUAUGAAUUUCUUGCUACACUUCUGCCUUCAUUGCACUAUGUAACACAUAUAUCCCUUGAUUACAGCACCAUCACAAUCCUUCCUUCAUGCAUCAAUGAAUGUCAUUCUUUGAAGCAACUUACUAUGAAUAAUUGUAUGGAGCUUCGAGAAAUCAGAGGCCUGCCACCAAACAUAAAAUAUCUUCAUGCAAUAAAUUGUGAAUCACUGACUUCUCAAUCCAAGGAAAUAUUACUAAAUCAGAUGCUGCUCAAUUCCGGGUUCGAAAUCAAAUAUAUCAUUUAUCCAGGAUCAACUAUCCCAAGUUUGUUCCAUCAACAUACAUGUGAACCAUCCCUGUCCUUCUGGUUCCGUAACAAAUUGCCAGAAAUGGCACUCUGUUUCGUCGGAGUUUUGGGUGGUUCCGUAACAAAUUACCAGAAACGUCUUGUUGAGUAUAAUUUUGACCUGAUCAUUGAUAGCAAUCAACGAAUCAGCAACAUUUUCCAUGUUGAUUGGUUUGAAAAUAGUUUAUUUGACACAAAUCAUAUAUUUCUGCUAGAUGUGCAGCUCAAAGCUAGCCUUGAUAUGAUUGGAAAACUACAUUUUGAGAAUGGAUGGAAUCAUGCUGAAUUUCGGUUGAUGAAAAAUGGUGGCGAAUAUAUGAAGCAGACGAGAGUUUAUGUACAAGAACAAAUGAUAAACAUGCCAGACAUUCAAUUUAUAAAUCCUGAGGUUCCAAUAGGAAAAGAAAAUAAAUAAAUCACCUGUGGGGAUAAGAGAUCGCAAAAAAAAAGUUACAAGAUCUACGCUCAUCAUGAGGUAUUGUUUAAGCUAUAGGACAUCAUAGAAGAUCGUGAAUGUUGAUAAUGCUUCUUAGUCCGUUUAUAUACCACUGAAAAUCAAUUAAUGUAUGAUUUCCUCUGUUUUCUGUAUUAAAUUUUCUAGCAUUUAAAAUUGUCUUUUUACUCUAUCAAAACAAAAGUGUCCAUUCACCGACUGUAUCUCUAACUUAUAAAUAAACAUUUCUGUCAAAACACUUAAAUAAAUAUAAUUAUAUAAAU